AUGGAACUUCAGAGAUGGCUAUGGUUUGAAUUUAUUUUUUUUAUUCGCUGGUGUGGAUGCUUCGACUUACACUUUCCAGACACUUUACAGGCAGGAGCAACGCUGGCAAAUGUUUCUCUUGGAUCAGGAUGGCUUUACAAAAUAGACACGACUCUAACGCCACGUUCUGUAAGACAUCAUUUAAAGAUUGGGAGAAAUGACGGUAUACUAUCGCUUUUCCGGAAAGUUCAUUGUUCACGUUUAAUGAAGAAUCCUAUGCCACUUUACGUCAGAAUUUCAUCUUUGAUGUCCAACAAUUCCGUUUUGGCAAAUUUCGAUGCAUUUGUGCAUGGGCAAAACUGUUUUACUAAACACCACCCUACUAACCUUAAGAGUAAGCGCAACGUCUACAUCUAUCUUCGGUCAGAAAAUGGGACACAGUGUUUUUCCUCAAGUAUGUUACUUAAACACAUAUACGAACAUUUGCCUGUAGCCAUGCGGAAUUUACAAAUUUCCUGUACUAAGUGCAUGGACAAACACAAGGAGGAUGUUUCAAAUAUCGGGGGAUUAUUUGUGAACAGCGGCCGCUGUCUUCAUCACCCAGAGGGAGCCGAGUUGGAUUUACUGUGCACUGUGCCCAAGUUGCAAAACAGUAUUUUAUCUGUAGGUGUGAAAUUACAAAUUAGAAUUUUGCGCAGGCAUGUACUCUCAGGAGAUCCUUGGGUGAAACGAAAAAAGAGAAACGUGAAUUCAGCUCCACAGUUUCAGUUACCCAAUUACCAAGUGUCUGUACCCGAGAACGAGCCAUCGGGAACCCGAGUUAUUACGCUGAAAGCCUUGGAUACAGAUGACGGAGAUGCUGGAAAAAUUGAAUAUGAUAUAGAGGCCUUGUUUGACAGUAGAUCAAACGAUUACUUUCAAAUUAACCCCGAUACUGGUGGCAUUACAACUCUGCAGGCAUUAGACCGGGAGGUGAAAGAUACGCACGUCUUCAAAAUCACUGCUACUGACCGGGGAACUCCAAGGAGGUCCGCAACAGCGUAUCUCACUGUCACAGUGAGUGACACCAAUGAUCACGGACCUAUGUUUGAGCAGAGUGAGUACAGAGUCAGCAUACGGGAGAAUGUUGAAGUAGGUUUUGAAGUGAUUACAAUCAGAGCCACUGACGGAGAUGCUCCAUCUAACGCCAAUAUGAUUUACAAGAUUGUCAGUGCUGACGAGCUCACUGAAGGUUUUGAAAUAGAUCCAAGACAUGGACUGGUCAAAACUAGAGUUUGUCCAGACAGAGAGAUCACGUCUCAUUACCAGUUAAUUGUGGAGGCCAAUGAUCAGGGCAAAGACCCUGGUCCACGCAGUGCCACGGCCACAGUGUAUAUCUCUGUUGAAGAUGAAAAUGACAACUACCCUCAAUUCACUGAGAAACAAUACGUGGUCCAGGUGCUGGAGAAUGUAGCCGUGAACUCUCAGGUGGCUCAGGUGAAGGCUACUGAUAAAGAUGAAGGGAACAAUGCUAGGGUUCAUUAUAGCAUCAUCAGUGGGAAUGUGAAGGGCCAGUUCUACAUUCACUCCCCGACUGGUGUCAUUGAUGUCAUCAGUCCACUGGAUUAUGAGAUGAUCAGAGAAUACAGUUUGCGGGUAAAAGCACAAGAUGGUGGAAGGCCACCACUUAUAAAUAGCACAGGUCUGGUUGUUGUUCAGGUUACAGAUGUGAAUGACAAUGUCCCAAUUUUUGUCAGCACACCUUUUCAAGCCUCAGUGCUUGAGAAUGUUCCCAUUGGUUACUCAGUGAUUCACAUACAGGCUAUUGAUGCAGACUGUGAAGAUAAUUCCCGUUUGGAAUAUGUGCUCACAGACACAUCCCCUAGUUUCCCUUUCAUCAUCAAUAACAACACAGGUUGGAUCACAGUUUGUGCAGAGCUUGACCGAGAGACAACAGAAUUUUACACUUUUGGUGUGGAGGCAAGGGACCAUGGGGUUCCUGUGAUGUCAUCUUCAGCCAGUGUCAGUGUGACAGUCCUGGAUGUGAAUGACAAUGUUCCCACUUUCACACAGAAGCUUUACUCCCUUAAAAUCAAUGAGGAUGCAGUAGUGGGCACCAGUGUGUUGACAGUCAUGGCUGUUGAUCGAGAUGUGAACAGUGUGGUGACUUACCAGAUCUCCAGUGGGAACAUACGGAACAGGUUUGCCAUCACUAGUCAGAGUGGGGGUGGUCUCAUUACCUUGGCAUUGCCACUGGACUACAAACAGGAGCGGCAGUACAUGUUGACAGUGACAGCUUCAGAUGGCACACUCUUUGACACAGCGCAGAUCUUCAUAAAUGUCACUGAUGCUAACACACACCGCCCUGUGUUCCAGAGCACCAAUUACCAGGUUGUGAUAAGCGAAGAUCGUCCUGUGGGGUCCACUGUGGUGGUGAUCAGUGCCACAGACGAGGACAGUGGUGAGAAUGCUCACAUCACUUACAUCAUGGAGGAUAACGUGCCCCAGUUCAAGAUCCACCCAGACUCAGGUGCCAUCACCACCCAGAUGGAAAUUGACUAUGAAGACCAGGCCUCUUACACUCUGGCCAUUAUUGCCCGUGAUAAUGGUAUUCCCCAAAAGUCAGACACCACAUACGUGGAGAUUAUAGUGCUUGACGCUAAUGACAAUGCACCUCAGUUCUCAAGGGACAUCUACCAGGGCACAGUGCUUGAGGAUGCGCCUGUAUACACAAGUGUCCUUCAGGUGUCUGCAUCAGACAGGGACUCAGGGUCAAAUGGGAGACUCAGCUACACCUUUCAGGGAGGGGAUGAUGGUGAAGGGGAUUUUUUCAUUGAACCCUAUUCUGGGAUUAUACGAACAGCAAGGAAACUAGACAGGGAAAAUGUGGCUGUAUAUACCUUAAAGGCUUUUGCAGUGGACAAAGGAGUUCCUCCUUUAAAGGCAGCAGUGGAAAUUCAGGUGUCUUUACUGGACAUUAAUGACAAUGCACCUGUAUUUGAAAAGGAUGAGUUGCACAUUUACAUAGAGGAGAACAGUGCAAUUGGCUCUACUUUGGCUCGUAUCACUGCCACAGAUCCAGAUGAGGGAACCAAUGCCCAGAUCCUUUACCAGAUUGUAGAGGGGAACCUCCUAGAGGUUUUCCAGCUGGAUAUCUUCAGUGGAGACCUGACUGCACUGACCGAUCUGGAUUAUGAGUCCAAGAAUAAGUAUAUGAUUGUGGUUCAAGCCACAUCUGCUCCUCUUGUCAGCCGGGCCACAGUGCACAUUCACCUUGUGGACAUCAAUGACAAUGACCCUGUUUUGCAGGACUUUGAGAUCAUCUUUAACAACUAUGUCACAAACAAGUCCAACAGCUUUCCCUCUGGUAUUAUUGGAAAGGUGCCUGCACAUGAUCCGGAUGUGUCUGAUAAGCUUAUUUACAAUUUUACUGAGGGAAAUGACCUGAAUCUCCUGAUCCUGAACCAGGACACGGGGAACCUGAGGCUGAGCCGGAUUCUGGGCAAUAACAGGCCCCUGGAAGCCACCUUGAAGAUCACAGUCUCCGAUGGACUCCAUCAGGUCUUAGCUCUCUGUACACUGCGUGUCAUCAUCAUCACAGACGACAUGCUGACCAACAGCAUCACUGUGCGUCUGGACAACAUGUCUCAGGAGCGCUUCCUGUCCCCUCUCCUCGGACUCUUCGUUGAGGGCGUGGCCACUGUGUUGUCCACCAGUCGUGACAGUGUCUUUAUCUUCAACAUACAGAACGACACCGACGUCAGCGGCAGCAUUCUCAAUGUCACAUUUUCGGCUCUGCUUCCGGGCGGCACUCCAGGACGUUACUUUCCAUCAGAGGAGCUGCAGGAGCAGCUCUACCUGAACCGCACCCUGCUGAGGCUCGUCUCUGCCCAGCAUGUCCUGCCCUUCGACGACAACAUCUGCCUGCGAGAGCCCUGUGAGAACUACAUGAAGUGUGUGGCCAUCCUGAGGUUCAACAGCUCUGCUCCUUUCGUGGCCUCAGACACUGUGCUCUUCAGACCCAUCCGCCCUGUCAGUGGACUGCGGUGCCGGUGUCCAGAUGGGUUUACUGGGGACUACUGUGAGACAGAGAUAGACCUGUGCUACUCUGGGCCCUGCCAGAAUAACGGGAAAUGCCACAGCCGCGAGGGAGGGUACACCUGUGAGUGUCCAGAGGACUUCACUGGUGAACAUUGUGAGGUGAAUGCACGCUCUGGACGGUGUGUGCCUGAUGUGUGUAAAAACGGAGGCCAUUGUGUUGACCUGCUGGUUGGGGGGUUCUUGUGUCGGUGUCCUGAGGGGGAAUUUGAAAAACCGUUCUGUCACAUGACCACACGCAGUUUCCCUGGGCAGUCCUUUCUCACCUUCAGAGGUCUUCGACAAAGGUUCCACUUCUCUGUCUCCUUCAUGUUUGCCACUCGAGAGAGAAAUGCUCUUUUACUGUACAAUGGCAGGUUCAACGAGAGACACGAUUUCCUUGCCAUAGAGAUUGUUGAGGAGCAGAUCCAGCUGACCUUCUCUGCCGGAGAAGCUCAGACAGGAGUGUCUCCCUUCGUUCCUGGCGGAGUCAGUGAUGGCCAUUGGCACACAGUGCAUCUGCACUACUACAACAAGCCUAAUAUCGGACGCCUCGGCCUUCCCCACGGACCGUCAGGAGAGAAGGUAGCUGUGGUUGCCGUGGACGAUUGUGACAUUACCAUGGCACUGCGCUUUGGAGGACAGAUCGGAAAUUACACCUGCGCUGCUCGUGGAACCCAGACAGGGCCUAAAAAGUCUUUGGACCUGACCGGGCCUCUGCUGCUGGGCGGCGUUCCAAACCUGCCUGAGGACUUUCCCGUGAGGAACAGAGAUUUUGUCGGCUGCAUUAAAGACCUGACAAUUGACAGCAAGCUUGUGGACAUGGCCAGCUUCAUCGCAAACAAUGGCACAACAGCAGGUUGUGCUGCCAAGAGGAACUUUUGUACACAGAGUGUAUGUCACAACGGAGGGCUGUGUGUAAACAAGUGGAAUACAUACUCCUGUAACUGUCCACUGGGGUUCGGAGGCAAGAACUGUGACCAAAUCAUGCCCUCUCCUCAGCACUUUGACGGCCAUGCCCUGGCAUCUUGGAGUGAGCCUGACGUCACAAUUGCCAUACCCUGGUACCUGGGCCUCAUGUUCCGCACCCGUAAGAGCACUGGCACCUUGCUGCUGGUUAAUGCCGGCAACUUCUCCAAAAUCAACCUCCUGAUCAGCAACAGACAUGUGCAUUUCCAGGUAUUUCUGGGAACUAGGCUGGUGGCGUUGCUAGACUUCCCACAGAUUCGUGUAAACGAUGGAGGAUGGCACCAUGUCCUGGUGGAGCUGAAAAGCAUUAAAGAAGGAAAAGACAUUAAGUACAUGGCUCUGGUGUCUCUGGACUACGGCAUGUUUCAGCGGUCGGUGGAGAUUGGGAAUGAACUGCCCGGCCUCAGAGUGAGGAGUCUGUUUGUAGGAGGAAUACUGAAGAAAGAUGGCACUGUACAGAAUGGAUUUAACGGCUGCAUGCAGGGUGUGCGAAUGGGAGAGACAUCCACUAACACAGCCAACAUUAACAUGCGUCAGGCUCUGAGGAUACGGAUUAAGAAGGGCUGUGAAGUCGCUAACUCAUGUUUGACCUCAGUGUGUCCCACACACAGUCGAUGCAAAGACACCUGGGCAUCUCACUCCUGUCUGUGUGAGCCAGGUUAUUUUGGAAGAGACUGUGUCGAUGCGUGCCUGCUGAACCCUUGUGAACACACUUCCACCUGUGUGCAUAAGCCAGGCUCCAAACAUGGCUACAGCUGUGUGUGUGACCACAACUACUACGGCUCACACUGCCAGUACAGAAGUGGCCAGCCCUGUGCACUGGGGUGGUGGGGUCACCCGACCUGCGGGCCGUGUAACUGUGAUGUCAGCAAAGGCUUUCACAGAGACUGUAACAAGACCACUGGGGAGUGUCGCUGCAAGGACAAUUACUACCGUCCCGCAGGUGAAGACGCCUGUUACGCCUGUGAGUGUUUCCAUCUGGGUGCUCACAGUCGGACUUGUGAUCCUCUGACUGGUCAGUGCUCUUGUAAGACGGGUGUGGUGGGACGUCGUUGCGACCGCUGUGACAACCCCUUUGCUGAGGUCACACCCAGCGGCUGUGUGGUGGUUUAUGAUGGCUGUCCCAGAGCCUUUGACACAGGGAUCUGGUGGCCCGAAACUACAUUUGGCAGUCCUGCUGCCAUGAAAUGUCCUAAAGGAUCCAGCGGCACAGCCGUCCGGCACUGCAGUGAUGAGAAGGGCUGGCUUCCACCGCAGCUCUUCAACUGUACCUCCCUGGCUUUCUCCAAGCUCAUGAAAGAGAGUGCAGAGAUCCAGGCAAAUGCCUCCAGACUAGACAGAGAGCGAUCCAUAAGCCUGGCAGCCACACUACGCAGUGCCACAGAGCAAACUGGCCCUCUGUAUAGUAACGACGUGAAGACAGCCUACCACCUCAUCACAAACAUGCUACAGCUCGAGAACCUCAAGCAUGGAUUUGACCUGACCUCUACUCACGAUUCAGCCUUUAACGAGAACAUUAUCAGGGCAGGCAGCUCCAUCCUCAACCCAGACCUUAAGGAGCACUGGGAUCGGAUCCAGCAGUCAGAGGGGGGCACUUCCCAACUGCUGCGGAGUUUUGAAGAGUAUGCCCACACCCUGACUCAGAACGCCAAGAGAACCUACCUCAGACCUUUUACCACUGUCUCAGAGAACAUCAUUGUAUCUAUGGACUACCUGGACUUCUCCACCUCAGAUCAAAUCCCUCGUUUCCAGAGGAUAAAGGAGGUGUAUUCCAAAGAGCUGGAGUCAUCCGUCUCCUUCCUGGGUUUAUCCAUCAGGGCAGCAGAGAACAGGGUUCUUCCUGCUGAAGAACUAUCCCUCCAGACUGAUCCUCCCGACGCUCCUGUGGAUGGCCCCGCUCCUACAACAGCCAAUCACACACCAUCGGUUAAAAAAAAGCAUCAUAGUGAGGGUACUGACUCCUCCCCCGUUGCGAUGGUGAUCAUUUACAGGUCUCUAGGCCAGCUCCUACCCGAGAAUUAUGACACAGAUCGACGCAGCUUCCGGCUGCCAAAUCAUCCUGUCAUUAACAGUCCUGUGGUGACUACCGUGCUGUACAAAGAGAGAGAUCCUGUCUCUGCUCCACCUGAAUGUCCUGUCACCCUCCACUUCAGACUGCUGGAGACAGAGGAGAGAACCAAGCCUGUCUGUGUGUUCUGGAACCAUUCCCUCCUAGCUGGGGGAACAGGGGCCUGGUCUUCCAGAGGCUGUGAGCUGGUUUUCAGGAACAUCUCUCACGUCAGCUGCCAGUGUAACCACAUGACCAGCUUUGCCAUCCUCAUGGACAUCUCCAAGAGAGAGCACGGGGAUGUUCUGCCUCUGAAGGUGGUGACAUACACCACAGUGUCAGCCUCCCUGGUUGCCCUCCUCAUCACCUUUCUCCUGCUCGCCAUCCUCCACAAACUACGCUCUAACCUGCACAGCAUCCAUAAGAACCUGGUGGCAUCCAUUUUUCUCUCCAAGCUCGUCUUCCUCACAGGCAUCAAUCAGACAGAUAACCAGUUUGUGUGCACAGUGGUGGCCAUUGUGUUGCAUUAUUCCUACAUGUGCACCUUUGCCUGGAUGUUUGUGGAGGGUCUGCACAUUUACCGCAUGCUCACAGAAAUGCGCAACAUUAAUCACGGUCACAUGCACUUCUACUAUGCCAUCGGCUGGGGCUUUCCUGCCAUUAUCACCGGUUUGGCAGUGGGGCUGGAUCCUCAGGGUUAUGGGAACCCAGACUUCUGUUGGCUCUCUGUUCAUGACACACUCAUCUGGAGCAUCACUGGCCCCAUCUCUGUCAUAGUCCUGAUAAACAUGGUAAUAUUUACACUGGCUGCCAAGGCUUCUUGUGGACAGAGGCAGCGCACUUUUGAAAAGACAUUAGCAAUCUCUGCUCUGCGUGUGGCUUUCAUGCUCCUUCUGCUCAUUAGCGCCACCUGGCUGCUGGGACUAAUGGCGGUCAACAGUGAUGUUCUUACUUUCCACUACCUUUUUGCCAUCCUCAGCUGCCUGCAGGGCAUUUGUAUCUUCUUCUUCCACUGCAUUUUCAACAAAGAUGUGAGGAGAAAUUUGAAAAGCUUCUUCACAGGGAAAAAGUUGUCAGCAGGGGAUUCGAGUGCCUUCAAUGCUACGCGUGCAACUCUGCUCACGCGUUCUCUGAAUGGUAACACAUACACGGAGGAUGGGGCUUUAUACCGUACACCGAUCGGAGAGUCCACUGUGUUUCUGGAAAGUUCUGUCAGGUCAGGCAAGAGCUGUAGCAGCGGCUACCUGACAUAUGCACUCAGAGGGUCUUCUACCAGCAGAAAAGAGGAGCAUGGGGAGGGAGACUCAUCUCUCUUCUACCGUAACAGUAAAAAAGCUGAGGGGUCAGACUCGGACAGUGAGCUCUCAGUAGACAAUAAUAGCUGUUCCUGUGCUUCGUCUCACUCAUCAGACAGCGAGCAUGAGGAGGAGAAGAAGACUAAACCUAAAUGGAAUAAUGAAAGAUCUCCACUCCACAGCACUCCUAAAGUUGAUACAGUGUCCAAUCCUGUAAGGCCGCACUGGCCAGUAGAGCACCCAACAGCCAGUGAGAGUGAGAAUGCUGGCAAAAUGGAGAAACCGUGUGUGGAGACCAGGGUGAAUGUGGAACUUCAUCAGCAGAAUAAACUCAGUCAUAAUGGAGAUCUCCCGCAACCUCCAAGUCAGCCUGGGAGCAACCAGUUACCCAGGAGAGGGAUUUUAAAAAACAAAAUCACCUACCCGCUGCCACUUACUGACAAGAACAUGAAAAACCGACUGAGGGAGAAGCCGAGUGACUACAACCCCCCACUGUCUGGCUGUAAGACUCCAUCAUUAGGGUCUACUGAAGGGCUCUGCACGGGCACUGAGACCAACAGCAUCAUUAUCAAACCUCCCCCAUUACCUCCAGUAAUCCCCUCCAAUGGGGUUACCAUGGAGCAGGGCACAAGCCUAGUCACAGCAGGCGAACAGUUCAACUCUGAUGGAAGCAACGAGACAUCAAUCUGA